AUGGACGAGUUAGGGGUUCUCCUUUCCGAGCUUCUUUUGCUCGUUCCAGAAGAGAAGCUUCACAAAUCAGAAACUCCAGAGUUGGCCUCUGUGUCACGUGCAAUCCAAGAGAUUGUAGGUGGAAGAUCAGCUUCUUGGGUCCAUGAACAGUUUGGACAGAUCAUCCAGCUUCCCGAGGUAAAAGACGUUCUUUCGAGUUUUGGAUCUGAGAGCCUUAAGGAGGCUACAUUUAAGUUUGUCGAUGCCAUCUCAGCUAGCCAAAAUGAGUCCAAUCUGGUUCUCCACCUCCAGCUAUUAGCCAUUGGUACUCUCCAAACGUUCAUCCAGGCAAACUACACUGGUCCAGAAAUUGGAUUCAAUGCUCGUGAUGUGUUGUUGCCUCAGCUUGACGAGACCUUGGUUCAGACGGAAGCCGUGAAGUUACUCAGUAUUGAAGGUAAGCUGGCUUAUGACCUAAUGAGUGAGCCCUUCUUGCUUGUACUUGCAUUGGUGAUCUUUGAGAAACUCAUGGGUCUUUCGGAGGCUUCAUUGAUUGGUAAGAACCCAAAUGUGACUUUGGAGACUAUUUCUGAGGCUACGGGUGCGGCAGUGAAGGAAUUGGGUACUUCUCCUACAGUGUCUUCCUUGGCCUGGUGGAGAGCUCGUGCUUUGCAAGUACAGCUUUCUGUGCUUUCUGAGCCUGCUGAUUCUUUGGCUUCUGUUACGUCUAUUUUGUUGCAGCAGCCAAUCGUGAACUGGCUUGUGCCUAGUGGACAGACAGACUUAGAAUUGCAGAAGUUCGUGCAAUUGAUUUAUCUCUUGGAGAGCGCUAGAAACGGUAUUCAUGCUCAGACUGAACAUUUGGCUGAGCCUAUAUUGAGAAAAGCUGCUCAGGUUUCCCAGUUGCAGUUUGCCUUGACUGGUGCCAAAGCCAAAAGAACAAAAUUCCAAACUUUCCACACUGCGCUGUUGAUUCUUCUAGCAAAGUCCGCCGAGUCCCAAGUAUUUGGUGAUCUGGGUAACGAAGCACCUGAGCUGUUUGAACUCAACUCUGACUUGCUUCUUGAAAAGCCCGAGUAUGAGUCUCUUGCAGAUGUGGACAUGAAAGAUGAGCAAGCCGCCAAGAAGAUCAAGAUUGAUUUUGAUGCUCCUACCGAGGAAUCUGCCGAUCAAGAACGUCUCUUCCCUAUGGCUUUGGCUUCCAAGAUUCCAGAACAGCUUAAGGAACUUGACCCUAAUAACCAGCCUCCAUUGAACGACCUAGAUAUCGUUCAGCUUUUGCUUCGUCUUACUACCGUUAGACAAACCUCCCCACUGGGUAAUAUCUUGGUCGAUGAAGAGCUUGCCGCUGUGGUGAACAGAAUUGUAUACUCUUCUUCAACUAACAGCAACUGGCUCGUAUUUGGCAGAGCUCUCUGGGAAAGGUCUGUUCUUGAGACCGGAAAGGCUCGUACCGUGGAAAGAGGUAUCUUGCAAAUGACUUCUUUAGUCGAGGAAAUUGGUAUUAAGAUUAAAUCAAGAGUCUUGCCUCAGUCGGAGACUCAAGCACAAAGUUCGGUUGCUUCCAGACUCAGAUUCAUUCAUCAGUUGCCAUUGAUGGCACAAUGGUCGCUUGACGCCAAGCUCGCAGAGAAGUACAUGUCUUUGGGAGUUUUGAAGCUGGCCAUUGCAAUCUACGAACGUCUUGGAAUGGUCGUGGAAGCAGCUCUCUGUUAUGCUGCUGUGGAAGAGGAGAAUGUCGCCGAGAAGAUGUUACAAGACCGUGUAGCUUCUAACCCUGAUGAUGCCAGAGCUAUCAGUAUCCUUGGUGACCUCAAGCAGGAUCCAAGCUACUGGGAGAAGGCUUGGGAAAUCGGAAGGUACCCUAAGGCCAAAGCUUCCCUUUCUCGUCAUUGUUAUGCCCAGAAGGAUUACGCUGCUGCUAUUGAGCAUAUGCGCCAGUGUCUCUCUGUGAGCCCACUUUCAUACGAAAACUGGUUCUUCUACGGAUGCAUGGGUCUCGAAACCCAACUGUUCGAAUUGGCAGCAGAAGCCUUCACUAGGUGUGUUGCUUUGGACGAUACUAACUCACAUGCUUGGUCCAACUUGGCCAGUGCUCUUUUGAGGCUUGACAAGACAAAGCAGGCUUUCAGCGCAUUAAAGAAAGCUUUACAGCAAGGUGAUGGUGCAUCCAGAUCAUGGAGAAUUUACGAAAACUACUUGACGGUCGCUGCUAAAUUGGGUGAAUGGAAUGAUGUUCUUCAUGCUACUAAGGAGCUUAUCAAGAUGAGAAAGGAGUCUGGUGGUGAAACUGUCGUUGACUUGCCUGUUAUUGAAACGCUUGUGCAAAUACUCAUCGAGGAACCAUACCCUAACGAAGAUGAUCCAAGCGUUAGAUUGACACACUUCCAAAAAUCAUGCAUAGAUCUCGUCUGCAACGUUUUGCCCAGCGUGAUCAACCACUCCGCUAGAUGUUGGAGAAUCGUCAGCAGAGUUGAGCUCUGGAGAAAUAAACCUUGGGCUGCAUUGGAAUGUCACGAAAAGGCUUUCAGAGCUACAUCUCAGCGCCCAGAACUUGAAACAGAUGAGAAGGUCUGGAGCGAGGCAAUCGAAGCCUGCUCUGACUUGGUCUCAGCUUAUGAAUCUCUUGGAGAAAUGCCAGGAAAGCAUGGGGCCGGAGAUGUGGUUUGCAAAGACUGGAAGUACAAGGCUAGAACCGCCGUUAGAUCACUCAUGUCUAAGGGUAAGAGCAUCUUAUUACUAUGA